GGGAGCCAUUAAGCCAGUGUGUCACCUUGUAGCUGUCCCAUGAGCCACGGCGGCAGUUGGAGUUGGUGCCCAUGAAGGAUGAGGAAGGCCAGGCUCUGGGGGCUGCUGUGGACGUCCUUCAUCUUAGAACUCCAAGGUGCGCCCGCAUCAGAGGAGAUCAAGUAUACGAAGACCGAGGGGCAGAGACUGGACGAGAGCUGUCCCGUCAAUGUGAACAAGUACUUCUACAGCCGGAAGGCGUGGCAGAGGCUGGGAGACAAAGGGGAGACCCAGACACUGGUCAAAACAGACGGGGUCUCAGGGGUGAACUCCGAAGUCCAUAUGGGCAGGUACUUCCUAGAAGACAUGCCCAGUGAGGGCAUACUGCAUGUUCACAUGGUCGACCUGCGCGUGGAGGACUCGGGACUGUAUCAGUGUGUGAUCUACCAGCCUCCCAGUGCCCCCAUCCCGCUGCACCAUCCCAUACGCCUGGUGGUGACAAAGGAUCCUGCCUCACACACUGAUCUUACCCAGAACUUGGCUCAGAGUUCCACUCUUCCUCCUGUGACCACCACGGCCCGGGGCAGGAUCCAUACCAGCCCCAGUACUGUGACUCAGCUCCUGCCCAUGUCAACUGCCAGCCUCGCCUCUCCUGGCCUCGGAGUCAACCCCACACAUGGGACGGAUGUCCUCAGUACGGUGCCCAGGAUCUCUUCGACCAGCAUCGUCACGAUCGUGGUGUGUGGAAUCCUCAGUAAGAGCCUGGUCUUCACGUUCCUGUUGAUCGCCACACAGAGGUCAUUUGGCCGCUAGGUCCGUGAACCCAGAAUGCCCUGCGACCUCCAUCCCCGUCCAUCUGGCAGUUGUGCCAGGAGAAGCCUGUGAAAGGGGAGGCAAGGGUGUGUGUGUGUGUGGGGAGGGCAAUGACUGAGUUGAAUCUGUAACACAGGUUAUUUCUAAGGCUCAGGAUCCACCUUCCUGGCCCUGCUGACUCCCCUCAUUUCACUAACAACCUUGGGUGUGAGCUUUGCCCAUCAGAAGAGAAGAGACAGCCCCUAACAUGCCCUGGGCCUCCAUUCCCCCAGCAGCCUAGGGUUUGCAUUAAAUAAAGACGGAUCCAAUGCU